AUGGCUAUUGGCAGCUGUUUCUGCGGCAAUAUUCGAAUUGAAUAUAAUGGUCAGCCUACCGCGUCGAUAUCUCUGGAAGCCCAAAAGAAGUGGCAAAAUCAUCGGAUAGUGGAAAUUCUAUCAGGAAUUAUUUCUGUCCUGACUGUGGUCUGUGUUAUACGAUUGGAUUUACGAAGACAAUAUCUAAUGAAAGUGAUAGGCACGCCGCUUUUUGGACGGAAGAUUAACUCCGACGGAGAACCUGACAAGAUUACAGUCGUCCGGGCCGGAAUAUUUGAUACCCAACUUUUGAAUGAAUGGAAGCCCGAGGCGGAGUUAUACACUGAAAGACGAUUGCCGUGGUUAAGUCCCAUCGAGGGGGCUGCUCAAAUUAGCGGCAUGUUACAGCUAUCAUAG